GUCGUUCGCUUCAAGAUCAAGAUAGACUACGGACAGGCGACCAUGGGUGGCUUGUGAAUGAUUCGUAAUCACUAUAUCACUGUGAGGCCAUGGAGAAGGAGUUUCAAUCCAAAAUUUGAGGAGGUAGCUACUACCCUUGUAUGAGCUCGUCUGCGAGAGUUACCAGUAGAAUUCCUUAAUCGUGAAUCUGUGGAAAGAAUAGCUUCGCGGAUCGACCGAGUUCAUUAAACCGAACAACGACGCCGAGAGCUAAGACCAAGUUCGACCUAGUUUGCAUGAAGAUAGACCUAAUGAAACCUCUUCUAUGACAGUUCAAAAUCGUGGAAGGAACAUACUACGUGGAAUACGAGGGAAUCCACAAUGUCUGUACAAAUAAUUGUGGGGUAUAUGGCCACUCAAAAACCACAUGCCCGAUGUUGAGGAAAACACCCAUGGAGUCUCCAGAGGUAAGAUUACCCACACCUCCACCGGCUGACCAAUAGAAGAAGGCAUAGGAGAAUGGAUUAUGGUGAAACCAAAGAACAAACAAUCAGACACAAAGACUGCUCAUGUAGAGGAACGACCAGUCUCGAAUUUACAUGGGAAGAACACCAUGUAGCCGACAGGGUCCCGUUUCACAGCCAUAGUCAUCGAGGAUUUGUCACCAAUGGAGGAGGAGGAAGCAACAGGUGGGAAACAUGCACAGGCCAUUCCUAGUGCUUCGGUAAUUGUACCAGAGAAGCAAUUCACGGCGGCUACUACCUUUUCAAUUGGUGUUCCAUCCUCCUCAUCGAGUGGACAACUGGUCGAGACUAGAGGACUGACUCCCGAGUUGUCGGCCAAGCCUGUGACUGUCGCUAGGCAGGAGAAAAUCAUACCACUAAAAGGCUUGGUUAACGUCCCUAUCCAACAGGUGGUACAGGUAGUAAGCAAUGGACUCGGACUCCAAUCUACUACUUCCCCAAUGUUGGGUAAAGGACCCUUAAAGAAGGGCGGCUCCAACAAAGCACCUCCCCAAUCGAAGAACUAGAAGACUCCCAAGCAUGGGGAGGGUAUCACCAACGAGCGAGUUUAUCCUUCUUUCCAAGGACAGAGCGCCGAGAAAAAAACCUAGAGCACUACCACUGUGGCCCCAGAGAAGAUGAAGUUGGGAGGGAAACCUCACACGAGCCUGACGUCCGUCCCCAGGAGAGUCUCCUCCUCUUUGCUAGUUUCGUUUUUUUUCUUUUGUUAUUAUGUUGAACAUUUUAUCUUGGAAAUGCCAAGGGGCAGGUAGUGACAAAUUUUUAGGUUACUUGGGAAUUUAUGUGCCUCUACAAGGCCGUACUUGGUGGUCAUUGUAGAACCAUGUAUUAGCGGGGAUACAGAUAGGGAGGUGAUCCAUAAAACUGGUUAUGAUGGGUAUUUAAUCAUGGAUAUGGUUGGUUUUUCAGGUGGUAUCUGGGUGCUAUGACAUCGUCACUCUAUUUAGGUGACGGCGAUAACCGAAUGAGAGCAGAUAAUUCACUUUACUUGUGUCAAGCACGACAUAGAGAGUGCGAUUGUAGUAUCUGCACUAUAUGGAAGCCCAAACACUGCCCUUUGACAUCAAUCGUAGAAUAAGAUCGAUGGUAUAUCUAGGCAGAUGACCAUACUUUAGAUACUUAUUGGUGAUUCUAACUCCAUUAUGAGGUCGACUGAUCGAUACGGAGGGGUACCCUAUCAAGAGGCUCGUAUGAGGUCAUUCAUGAUGUGUGUUGAUAAAAAUGGCUUAUUAGACAUUAGCUUCACAUGGCACAAGGGGCUCUCCACCAGCACCUUGAUAGAGCUCUUUGCAAUAAGCAAUAGAUGACAAGACACCCACAGACGAUCACGCUCCAUCUUGAGAAGGUGGGUUCCGACCAUAGGUCAAUUCUCUUGAUGGGGGAUGCACAGACUACCAACUCAGGGCACAAACCCUUCUACUUCUUGUAGGCCUAGCUAGCCCAUGAAGACUUUGGUCGAGUUCUCAAGGAUCACUAGUCGCAGGGAGAGAAUUUCAAUUAGUCCUCAAAGGCUCUCACAACCGAGUUGCAUGUCUGGAACAGGAAAACCUUUGGCCAUAUUCUCCAUCGCAAGAGACUACUUGUGUGGAGACUACGAAGAUUGGAGGAAGAAAAUGAGAGGGGUGGCACCCCUUACUCCCAGGCUAAAUAAAAGGAAGUAAGACAUGAGCUUGGAUCCACUAUAUGGCAAGAACACCUUUUCUGGUUUCAAAAAUCCAGUUGUUAGUGGGUGGCAGAAGGCGAUAGAAAUAUGUGUUACUACCACCUAUCCACGUUCAAGAGGAGGAGUUUCAAUCAUAUCUGUGGCCUUAAAGACGACCAGGGAAAUUUGGUUUUUGAGGAAGAUUAUCUUUGCAAGUUGGCUAGAGAUUUCUAUGCUACCCUAUUCCGAGCAGAGUUCGGCCUAGCGCCCAAGCUGCCGACAGCCUUCAAAACAAUUUAGAAGGACACAAGGGAUCACACGAGAGGAAACAUGGGCUACAAUAAAAAUCAUGGGAGGAUUCAAAGCACCUUGAAAAGACGAUUACCCACCUAUCUUUUACCAUAAAUUUGGAAAGUGGUGUUGUUAAUGAAACUUUGCUGGUGUU